AUGACGCCGCUGCGGGUGCUCGCGCCGCCCCUUCGAGCGGGGACGCAAGACGCGGCCGUCCAGAGGAGCCAGGGCUCCCGCGGCGGCAGCGCGGCCGUGCCUCCCGCGGCACGCGCGUCGAGCGCGGAGGGGCCGAGGGCUCGCAGCGCCUCGCCCUGCGUGCGGACCUACCUGCGGGUAGCCGGCACCCCGCGCCGCCCCGUGCAGCGGGCGCUGUCGGGGGUGCUGCUCGGCAGCUGGGGCACGGUUCAGGUGCCGCCCGGCGCACCCGCCGAGCCGCCCGGCGCCCCCUCCGCCCCCGCUCCCACGCGCAGGUCGCCCGCGCCUCCCGCGCUUCGCGUUGCCCGGCAGGCGCCCCCCUCAGUGGCGUGGCUGCCGCCGCCGCCGCCCCCGAGCAGCCUCGGCCGCGGGGGGGCGUGCGCGGCCCCGAAGGAGCUGGGCAGGCCUGGCGGCGCCGUCUGCGUCCAGAGGGGCGGCUCGCCGUGGGCAGCCGCCACGGCGCCCGCGGCCCCGGCGGCGGCCCCCGCGCCCGCGGCGCCGGCGGAGGCGGCCCAGCCCGCGGCGGAACCGCGAGGCUGCCCUGCCGGCGGCGGCGAGACGGGCCUGCUGGGCCGCAGGCCGAACAGGUGGAGGCGCCCGCAGCAGAGCCCGUGCCCAAGGGCUGCAGCUGCGGGCGGAGGCGCAGGCCGAGGCCCCCCCAGCGCCCAGGCGCAGGAGGAGAGCCCGGGCCGCCUGCCUGUUGCCGGGGGCGGCGUCGGAGUGGUGCCGCUCAAGCAGGUGCCGCGGUGGUCCAGCCACCUUCGGCGGCGUUCGCCGAUGGAGUCGACCAGCCUGGAGAGUGGACCAGCCGAGGCCGCGCGCGGCGCCGUACACCCUGGGCCGGGCAGCGCCUCCGCCUGCAGCCACCCGGCGGACCCGUGCCCGGCGGAGCAGGAGAGGUCGUUGACGUGCUGUUCGAAGCCGUGGUGCUCGUUGCACGAUGUUGCACUGAUCAUCACAUUCGUGCAUGUAAUGCUGUUGGUGCUGGCUGCCGUCGCACUGCUCACCGCCGCGGUGCCCAACCCCGCCCCGUGGCUCAGCGUCGAGGUGCUGGCGACAAGACGUGGUAUUCAGUGCACUGUUUGUCCCACUGAGUGCGAUUCGAUUCUGCCGAUGCUGGACCCCGUCGUUCUGCGCAUCGUGGUGGUGCUCGACUCCGUCGUACGGCGCGGCGUCAAGGUGCUGGUCCCAGAGGUGCUGCUCGAGGGCGUGCUGCUCGUUGCAUUGCUCAUCUCCCUCGAAGGUGUGAGGCUGCAGUUGCCGCGUUUCGUCGAGUUGCACACCGUAGCGGUGCUCGCCUUCGUCGUGCUGCUCGUUGUCGAGGUGUUGGUGCCGGGCGUGCUGCUCAAAGACGCUGUACGCUUUGCGCUGCGCGCGUAG